CGCUGCUGCGGCGGCCGCCAUGUUUGUCUCUGGUUGCUGUGUUGGAGACGCGGCGCUUCAGGUUUAAACUUUCUGUUUUCAAUUGAUGAAAUUCUUUAUAAUGAUUAAUAUUCAUCAUAUUAAUCUGAUCUAUAACCUUACAAUAAUGAUUUAAAACUCUGCACCUCUGAAACAGCAAGAUUAAUUAAAGACGCGUCACUUCAUCUGCUGUCACCAUGACAACCGCGGGGCUGCGCAUCGGAGAUCAGGUGGUGCUGGAGGAAGACUAUGAUGAAAACUACAUUCCAUCUGAACAAGAGAUCCACGAGUAUGCUGUCGAGAUCGGCAUUGAUCCCGAUCGAGAGCCAGAGCUGCUGUGGUUGGCCAGAGAGGGGAUGGUAGCCCCACUGCCAGCUGAAUGGAAACCCUGUCAGGACGUGACGGGUGAAGUGUACUACUUUAACUUCUCCACGGGUCAGUCCACCUGGGAUCACCCCUGUGAUGAGCAGUACCGCCAGCUGGUGAUUCUGGAGAGGGAACGAGCCCAACAGGCCAGAACUCUUCCUGCCGCUUCCGGCCUCGGUACAGGAAAGAAAGACAAAGAGAAGAAGAAGAAAAAGGAAAAGAAAGACAAGAAAAAGGAGAAGAAAAAAGAUCUGGAGAGUUUGAGAGCUCCGGUGUUGUCAGGUCCUUUGGCUCCUAUCCGGGGUCUGUCUGAUGGUUCUCUCAGAGGAUCUUUGGGCAGUCUUCAGCCUCUUAAAACAUCUCUAGGGGGUGUGCUGGUGAACCCCAGUGCUGUUGUGAGCUGUAAUGAGGAGAAAAGUGCUGAGGAAGAGACGGAGGAAGAGAGGCUGCGGGACUCAGGUGGGCUUCUGCGUAACCUGCAUCUGGAUUUGGAUGCUCUAGGAGGUCUUCAAUAUGAGGACAGUGAGGUCAGUGAAACCGUUCCUCCUGAAGAAAGAACAGAACCUGAGCUACAAGACUUGGCUUUAUCUAGAGACCACAGUCUAGACGCCCCUGCAGAGGGCUCCUUGCGUGGAUGUCACCUCCCCUCCGGACCACCAGGGGGCAGCAGGGAGUACAGCAGUGUCUCUUCCUGCCCUCCGACCCCAGAUGCCGCGGUGUCCGGCGGUCGAGAGGACAAAAUGAGUGACAGGAAUAAAGGUGCACAAGAGGAGAUGGAGUUGAAACGUGGAGAUGAGGAAGAGAACGGCAAGAGCGAUAGAGAUGGAGAAGAGAUCGAGGAACAGAUAGAGCGAUUCAGCAGUCCUGAGGAUAUUGAGAGAGAUCAGACAGAGGACAGAUCAGAUGAGAGAGAUCAGAUUGUGAAGAGAUCAGAUGAUAAGAAACAACAGGGAGUAGAUGAGAGGGAAAGAUCAUACAGUCAGAGCGAUCAGACAGAAGAGAAGUCAGAGGUAGAGAGACAUCACAGAGAAGAAAGAUUAGAUGAUGAACACGAACAGACAGAAAAUAAAGGUGAUAGUAUGAGGAAUGAGAUCAGACAUAGAAGAGAAGAGAUGAAUGAAAGUGAGAAACAAGAUGAGAGAAACAGUGAGAAGAGUGUUUCAUCUGUGGAGGAGGAGUGUGGAGAGAGGGAUGAAGAAGAACAGAGUGAUACAGAUGACUGCAGGAACACAGACAUGGACACAUCAGAACACAUGGAAGAGACUCACGAGGACACACAGGUUCAGUGUUUAGACCAUCAACCCACAGCAGACCUCAACGAUUCCCCUCGUGAGACGGACAGCAAACAUCUGAAGAGGUCACACAGAAGCUCAGGGAUGAAUUCUGACCGUGAAGAGAUCGAACAUCUCGAGGUCACGCGGCCUGAAACUCAAAUGACAAACAUUAAGUCAGAUACACGGAAGUUUGUGCCUCAGUGGAAUCCUGUGUCUAGUGAGGAGUCUGAAGCUGGUGAACGUGUACAGUCUCUCUCAUCCACUGAUGAUGUGCAGAGAGGAUUUGUGUCCAAGUUCUCAGAGAAUGUGUUUGAUCUGCUGGAGCUGUCACCUGCAGUGGAGAGUAAGGAUAUAGAGAGGGUCUCUAAAGAUGCAAACAGGUGUCUGUUGGAUGACGUUACAUCUGCUCAGAUCCCUCAUUCUCCAGACAACAUCAGGCAGAGACCCACGACUGCUUAUGAUCGCAGUGACAUCAGCAGCCAUCGUGAAGGAGACGAGACCGACCAGAGAGAGAGCGAUGAGAGCGAGCAGACGAGAGGAGAACGACAGGACACUGACAGACAGACAGCUCUGGAGGAGAACAGUGAUGAAGGGGAGACCAGGAGAUCAGAGGAGGAGAGAGACAGACAGAUGCAGGACGACACGAGGCGACUGAUGGAGGAGAAAGACAGGAGACUGCAGCUCCUGCGAGAUGCUCUGAUGGAGGAGGAGAAAGAAGAGGAGCGGAGGAUAAAGGAGGAGAGCACUGAGCAGCUCAGAUUACUGAAGGAGCAGCUACUGAAAGAGAGACGAGAAGAGGAAGAGAGGUUAACACGCACAACGCACACACAACUUAAACAACUCAGGGAUGAGAGUGAGUUGAAACUCAAAGAGCUGCGUCAAGAGCUGGAGUCUGAGCGUGAUAGGGUGGAGACUGAAAACAGGCGGAGUCUGGACCAUCUGAGGGCGGAGUCAGAGGAGGGGCUUAGAGCAGAGAAGAAACGGCUGCAGGAGAAGAAGAAGGAGCAACUGUCCUCCAUCAUACUAGAUGCUAAACUGAGUGACAGACAGAAAGAUUUGAGGAGUCCACGACCAGAAAAACCUUUAGCAGAGUACCAGAGAGAGCUUACAGAUGUUCUUCAGGAAGUACGAGAGGAAGUUGAGAGAGAUCACAGAAGAAAACUAGAACAACUGAAAGAGAAACAUCAACAUGAGCUACAGAACCUCAGAGAGACACACCUGGAGCAGGAGAAGAGAGAGAGGGAGCGUCUGCUGAAUUGUCUUCAGGAGGAGAGAGACGAUCUGAUCUCUAAACACACAACACAACUACACAAACUGCAGAAUAUGCUGGACACACAGCUACAGGAGACACACAAAACACACUCACAGAAGGAGUCAGUGUUACAGGAUUUGAUAAAGAAACUGGAGCUACAAACCAAAGAGCUUCAAACACAAGAGGCUGAACUUCAAGCAAAAGAAUCAGUGUUAAGAAAGAAGAGGCAACAGCUGUGUGAGGAAGAUUAUGACAUUCAGAGAGAAAUACAGUCUCUCCCUCGACUGAUGAAGGAGAAUCAGGAGCUUCAUGAUGAGCUGCAGAGAGAGAGAGCAGAAAGAGAGCGAGCGAGCUGUAGGAUGAUGAAGGAGAGAGAGCAGUUAGAGAAGAGACUAUUAGACCUGCAAGAGAGAUGUCAACAACUCACCUGUAGAGUCAGUGAACUGGAAGAGAAGAAUGCAGCUUCCAGGAUGAAAGAUGGAGAAGAAGACAACGAGAAGAAGAAGAAGAUGAAGAAGAAGAGUGAGAAUCAUCUACGUCUGGAGGAUCUGGAAGCAUCAGCUUGUUCAGCAGAGAGUGACAUCAGUGUAGAUGGUGUGAGGCAGUACAUGUGGAAUGAGAGCGUCUCUCUCUUGCGGGCGCGUCAGUUUCUGGAGAAGCAGGGCACUCUUGUGUCAGACAGACAGGCAGCGCUACAGGCAGCUCACAGUAGUCUGAAGGACCCCAUGACUGAAAGCUCCGCCCAGCAGCUCUACCAGAACCUGCAGCAGGAGGUGAAGGAUCUGUCUGAGUUGAGAGAGACGCUUCAGAAAGGUCAAACUUUACUAAAAGAAAAAGAGGAAAAAUUAAAUCUCCUGGAAACAUCACUAACUGAAGAGGUGUCAGGUGAGGAUGGCGAGAGGUCAGCUGAUCGAAAAGUGACAUUUGAUGUGACCGAGUCAGAGAUGAGCAGUGUGUAUGGACACGAGGGAACAGUUCCUGUAAAGGUGCAGCAAUUGGCUGAUUCUCUACAGCUGAUCUCAGGACAGUUAAACUCAGUUUUGGGUGCUUUGGGGUCAAUCACGCAAAAGCCCAACCCGCCCUCUUUGAUCUCCCCUCAAGUACCUCGCUCCUCGUGGGCGUGGCCUAUAAACUCCUCCCCCUCACUUUUACAACACAGACCAACAGACAUGAUGCACACGACCUGGUCCAGCCUGAACACAGAAACCAGCAGAGUCCAUAUGACUAACUCAGGGUUUACAUCAAGUCUGUCAUCUCUGCGUCCAUCGGUAGAGGUCGAAGGUCACCGUCUGCAGGGUCUCAUUGACGGAAAUAAACGUUGGCUGGAGGCCCAGAGGAAAAACCUCAACAUUCCUCUGUUCCCAAAUCUCAGAAAUUCAUCCAGUGGAUUACUGCAGCUCAGCCUCGACGACAACAACCAGAUUAAAGUUCAUCGAUACUGAAGACCAACCGCUCUUGUGGAUUGAUGUAGUUUUUCAUAAGCAGAACAGUUCUGCUGUUUUCAAUGUGCAAAUCUCAUUUGUAUAUUUUUGUAAGCACUUUUAAUAAAUUGUAUUUUAGGUAAAA